UCCGCCCCUUACUCUGUUACGGUGCUCUGGUUUGGUGGCCAAGAACAAACCUAGGCAACGUACGAGACAAACUACAAAGACUUCAAAGGCUCGCAUGCGCGGCCACCACUGGCUGCACGAGGUCUACCCCGACUGCAGCCAUGGAGGUCAUGCUAAACCUUCCACCGCUGCACCUACACAUACAGACCAUAUCUUGAGGGUUGCGAACCCUCAAGAUAUGGUCUAACAUCACAGGAGCUCUUCACACAAAAUGCCUGGAAAAGGUGUAUGACGAAUUUCCAGUGCUUAGGUCAGGCACGGACCGGAUUCACAAACAAGCUAUCUUCGAUAAAAGGUACAAAAUACAGUUAUAUGAGGACGACAAUCAUGAAGGACUCAAUCCCCGGGAGCUGAGAAUCUUCACUGAUGGGUCCAAAACAGACAGCGGAUCGGGCUCUGGAACCUUCUCAGAAGACCUGAACAUGUCGAUCACCACUCCGCUAGGAGCCCAUAACUCGGUAUUCCAAGCUGAGUGCAUGGGCAUCAUAAACGCGGCGGCUGCCAUCACUGCAAGGAAGGUAGUAGGAUCCUCCAUCCGCAUACUCUCCGACAGUAGAGCAGUCUUAAUAUGGCUCUAAAUAGCCAUAUAGUUACAUCCAAACUUAUACACGAAUGCCACGAACGACUAAUGGAGGUAUGUCAUAAUAACAAAAUCACCCUACAAUGGAUCAAGGGACACAGUGGAUCCCGAGGUAACGAUGCUGCGGACGAGCUUGCCAGGCAAGGAUCGAAUGCGGGGGCGAUUGGUCCGGAACCGAUUCUUCCGAUACCAUUUAGCAAGGUACGCUCAAUGCUGCUGGCACGUACAGGGAAACUACACACAGAACACUGGCUGAACCAGACUGGAUGCAGACAGGCAAAAGAAGCCAUGCCUGGCAUCAACGGAAAACUCACAAGGGCGCUCCUGCAACGAGGGAAGGUCCGACUGAGUAUGGUAACCAGUGUCAUAACAGGUCAUGGACUAUUUAACAAACAUCUUUUCACAACAGGUGUCACAGACAGUCCCCUGUGCCGAGGUUGCAUGGAGACAGAAGAAACAGCCUCUCACGUGGUGCUGGAAUGCAGCGGAGUGACUCUAUACAGGGCUAAACAUCUCGGAUCUCCGAGAGACCUCCCCGAGGUCCUACUCAACAUCAAAGGUUUGAUAGGAUUCCUCGAGGAGCUGGGCUGGCAGGACUAGCCCACCCCCAACAUAUCACGCAAAAUAGGCGCAAGUCGUCGAGUUGCGGAAAAAUCGCCCGAAUACAAUACAAUACAAUACAAUACAAGGUGCGACCAGACCGCAGCUUAAAAAACGGUCACGAUACGGAAUCGCAGUGACGCGUCGUAUGCGUACCGUUUUUGACGCAUGCUCCCCACACCGCUGUUUAAAAAACGGUGACGGUACGGAAUCGCAGUGACGUGCUUCACGCGAAUCUUUUUUGUUCGCAAAACAGUUGCGUCUUUUACGUCACCGGUACGGUGUCUGCCAUAAGAUCUCCGUGUAAUAUUUUUUGCGAUUUUUGCGCAGUUCAAUUUACGGUGCGUCAGCUUAUUUUAAGCAGCGGUGUGGCGAGCAUGCGUCAUGGACCCGGGUACGUCCUUAAACUACGUCCAAAAGAGAGGUAUGGGCAUUGUGAAUGUCAUCUCGCUUUGUGUGGUAGGGCACAGCCAGUGGGUGUCAUUCCAGAUCCAAAUUUUCUUGCGUGAUUCGGCAUUGGUCCCAUAAUAAAAGUUGUUCAGUAUGACCUGUAACGUCACUGCGCAGAGUAUGGCUGGUGGUUAAAAUUUCAUCUUAU